GAAGAGCCUUCGAUUGGUGGAAUCGUCAAAUCUGCCUUCCUUGGCGGUUCGAGUACCUAUUAUCCUACCCUUCAAAAAGGCUAUCCACUUGUAAUUAAAAAAAAGAAAGGACUAUCCACUAUUACAAUCCUAGAGACAAGGUCUUCUACGGCUGGGUACCUAUUAGUCAACUCUCUCAUUGGGAAUGGUCUUCUACGGUUGUCGUUUCUUGUGAUCUAUUUCAUCCGCCCCUCAGCAUGCAUUAUUUCGUACCUUCAGUUCCAUGAACUAAUAAUCCCGCCAUUCUCUGCUUUAAUUUCUUGCUCAUCAAUGGAGUUCCAUGGGUUUCUUCUCCUCAUAUUCUUCUCCUUGUUGCAUCCCCAGCUGAUACUAUCGAUGCAGCAUGAUAACUCCACCGAUCUCACGGCACUGCUGGCCUUCAAGGCGGCCAUUCAGGACCCCACUGGGACUCUGGCAGCUAGUUGGACUCCCAACAUCUCCUUCUGCGCUUGGACUGGCAUCUCUUGCAGCCACCGGAGGCGAAGAGUUACCGCCCUCAGACUUAUAAAUUUGUCUCUCCAAGGCAACAUCCCGCCACACCUUGGCAACCUCUCCUUUCUGUCUCGCGUAGAGCUCUACAACAACUCUCUCUGGGGCCCUAUUCCUGAUGCCCUCGGGCGUCUACCCCGUCUUAGAAGGCUCGCGCUGCAUCUGAACCAGCUCUCCGGGCCGAUACCACUCACCAUUUUCAACAUGUCUUUUCUCUCCAUCCUCUCCCUCUCCAACAACAAUUUAUCGGGCUAUCUCCCAAAAAAUCAUAGCUUUUUUCUCCCUCAACUCGGAUACUUCCACGUCGAAUCCAAUCAGCUUAGCGGCACGAUCCCAUCAAGCCUCUCUCAGUGCCCUGACCUGUAUGUCCUGUCCUUGUCUACCAAUUAUUUCACCGGAAUCAUACCGGUUGAGCUCGCAAACUUGCAGCAGCUAAUCAUCUUAUAUCUCGAUCACAACAACCUCAGCGGGACAAUCCCAGACUCCCUGGGUAACCUCACAAAUCUCAAGCAACUUGACCUCAGUUUCAACUUCCUGAGUGGGGAAAUUCCCUCUGGACUGGGCAAUUUGCAAAGCCUCCUGUGGAUGAGCCUGGCAAAUAAUAGUCUAACUGGCCCAAUACCGGCUUCACUGUCCAACACUUCCAUGAUCCAGUUUAUCGAGCUCACCCUCAACAGCCUCACAGGUCCUGUGCCCAUCGAAUUCGGAAGAAACAUGCCACUUCUCUCAUCAUUAUAUCUGGGAUGGAACUAUCUAAGCGGCGGACUCGACUUCAUCACCUCUCUUUCCAACUGCAGAGAUCUAGAGAACCUACACAUUGAAAACAAUGAGCUAGAUGGUGUUCUUCCUCCAUCCGUUGCCAACCUCUCUUCUAAUCUACUCAGGUUUACUGCUGACCAGAAUCAUAUCAGAGGGCAAAUUCCCGCAGGAUUGGGAAAUUUGACCGGCCUGUUGCUCAUAUUCUUGAUGUCCAAUGAACUGACAGGAACAAUACCGACAGCAUUAACAAGGUUGGAGAGCCUUCAGGAGCUGAAUCUGACUGCAAACAGAAUCCAUGGUCCCAUCCCAAGUGAGCUCGACCGGCUCAGGAGUUUGGGCCAACUAAGUCUUGAUGGGAACCUGCUGUCUGGAUCAAUACCUGUCUCAGUGGGAAACAUCAGUGGGCUUCAGCAUCUGAGUCUUGCUGCCAAUUCAUUGUCGUCGGCCAUUCCCCGCAGUCUGUGGAGCCUAAGCAGCCUUUUGGAACUCGACUUGUCGGGAAACUCUUUUGAAGGCUCACUUCCUCCAGAUGUGGGGAAUUUGAAGAAUAUAUACAGAAUGGUUCUAUCAGCAAACCAGCUUUCAGGUAUCAUCCCAAAUGCCAUUGGACAGCUUCAGAUGCUCGAAUUUCUGGAUAUGUCUCAUAACUUGUUCCGCGGUCCUAUUCCACAAAUCUUGGGUGGACUGGUCAGCAUCAAGUAUUUGAACCUCUCGUCCAAUGAUCUCACAGGUGCCAUACCCGGGUCCCUAGCCAAGCUCAGGUACGUUACCAACCUAGACCUUUCUUUCAACAGGUUGGAAGGACAGAUACCCAAAGGAGGCAUAUUCUCAAAUCUCACCAUCCAAUCUCUAAAGGGGAAUGCAGCAUUAUGUGGAGCAUCAAAGCUAGGAUUUCCACCUUGCUCUGCAAAUGCUACGGUUUCCAAUCCAAGGAGGAGUCAGCGUGUACUCAAAGUUGCUCUUUCUGUAACUGCUUCUGUGCUAGUCCUUGUUGCUUGCUUCAGUGUUCUCUUAGUGUUCGUAGCUCGUCGAAGGAGGAAAAAGACCAAAACCUCCACCGAUCCGCCACGUCUAAAUGACCACAGACUGAUUUCAUACCAUGAGCUAAUCCGUGCAACUGACGACUUCAGCGAGGCCAACUUAUUAGGAAGAGGGGGCUUUGGCUCAAUAUUCAGGGGGCGUCUGGAUGAUGGAUUAGAUGUUGCAGUGAAGGUAUUGAAUCUGGAAAUGGAAAAGGCUUCGAGGAGCUUUGAUGCAGAGUGUCAUGCACUGCGCACGGUUCGGCACAGGAACCUCAUCAAGAUCAUCAGCACCUGCUCCAACUUGGAUUUCAAGGCAUUGGUGCUUCAAUACAUGCCCAAUGGCAGCCUCGACCGAUGGCUGUAUUCCCACAAUUACUGCUUGAGCCUACUGCAAAGGAUAAACAUAAUGUUGGACGUAGCAUCGGCAUUGGAGUACCUUCACCACCACCAUCCUCAAGUUGUGUUGCAUUGUGAUCUAAAGCCAAGCAAUGUGCUGUUGGAUGAAGACAUGAAUGCACAUGUAGGCGACUUUGGCAUUGCCAAAUUGCUGCUAGGUGACAGCAAAUCCAUGGUGUCAGCAAGCACAUUAGGCACAAUUGGCUACAUUGCUCCAGAAUAUGGAUCGGCCGGGAGAGUGUCCAGAAGUGUCGAUGUCUAUAGCUAUGGCAUUCUGCUUCUAGAGAUCAUGACAAGGAAGAAGCCAACCGGCGCCAUGUUUGAAGGGGAAUCCAGCCUGAGGAAGUGGGUGUAUGAGGCUCAUCCCACUAGGGUGUUGGAUGUUGUUGACCACAACCUCCUUGAAGAUGAGCAUGCCGACCCAAUCACCAGGCAUCAGUGCCUCUCAGAUUCCUUGGAAUUGGGCUUGGUGUGUUCUAAGGACUCACCUAAGGAUAGGAUCCUGAUGAAAGAGGUCGUCCCCAGAUUGCAGAAGAUCAAGAAGAAUUACUUGUCAAAUCAGCCUAGAGCUUAAAGAAUUGUACCAAGCUUUUUCCUGUCAUGGCAUCUCCAGAGUGCUUGUCAUCGAAAAGCAGACGGACAUGUUUCUGAGUAGCUGCACAAGUAUGACUGGUUACUGACCAUAGAAGAUCUCUGAAAAUAUUUCACUAUCCCUCUUUCCUACUUCAAAAGCCACAGCUACCGCUUAUGUAGUCUUCGCUUCUGAUCUAAUGUGCAAAUUAUCUAAAUCCAGUUUGAUAGAACUGGACUUGAAAAAUUUCUUUUCGGCAAAUGCUAUCUAAUAAAACUAUAAAGUUGUUCAUUUAAA